AUGGCCAUGACUUUGGGCAAGGAUGUGUCGGCGCUUUUCCCUGACGUCCUUAAAAACAUUGCAACCAAUGAUCUGGAUCAGAAGAAGCUAGUCUACCUUUAUCUUAUGAAUUAUGCCAAAUCGCACCCUGACCUCUGUAUCCUUGCCGUGAACACCUUCGUCCAGGACUCGGAGGACCCGAACCCUCUCAUACGAGCGCUUGCCAUACGUACAAUGGGCUGUAUUCGGGUGGAAAAAAUGAUUGAUUACUUGGAGGAGCCAUUAUGGAAAACGCUGCGGGAUGAGUCUCCAUAUGUCCGCAAAACUGCUGCAAUAUGUGUAGCUAAACUGUUCGAUCUCAGCCCUACCACCUGCUUAGAGAACGGUUUCUUGGAGAGGUUGCAAGAAUUGAUUGGAGAUCCAAACCCCAUGGUCGUGGCCAACUGCGUUACCGCCUUGGCUGAGAUCAGCGAAACCGCUCCUGAAACGAAAGCCUUACACAUUACGCCAAAUACAUUAAGGAAAAUGCUCAUGGCCCUGAACGAAUGCACAGAAUGGGGCAGGGUGUCCGUUCUGACUAGUUUGGCAGACUUUAGAACGACAGAUGUGAAGGAAGCAGAAAAUAUAUGCGAACGAGUUGCCCCUCAAUUCCAGCAUAUCAAUGCCAGUGUGGUUCUUGCCGCUGUGAAAGUUGUCUUUUUGCAUAUGAAAAUCAUUAAUCCAGAAACUGCUCGGUCGUAUUUAAAGAAGAUGGCUCCCCCGCUAGUUACACUCGUCUCCUCCGCCCCGGAAGUCCAGUACGUUGCUCUGCGAAAUAUCGAUCUUCUCCUCCAGAGCAAGCCCAACAUCCUUGACAAGGAACUGCGGGUCUUCUUUUGCAAGUAUAACGAUCCGCCGUACGUCAAAUUCCAAAAGUUAGACAUCAUGGUCCGGAUCGCGAAUGAGCGGAAUGUAGAUCAACUUCUCGCAGAAUUAAAGGAAUAUGCCCUGGAAGUCGAUAUGGAUUUCGUCCGGCGUGCUGUCAGAGCCAUUGGGCAAACAGCAAUUAAAAUUGAGACUGCGACGGAGAAAUGUGUUUCCACGCUACUUGAUUUGAUUAAUACUAAAGUGAACUACGUUGUCCAAGAAGCCAUUGUCGUCAUCAGAGACAUCUUCCGCAAAUAUCCUGGCUAUGAGGGUAUUAUUCCUACUCUAUGUAAGUGUAUCGACGAGCUGGACGAACCCAAUGCCAGAGGAGCGUUGAUAUGGAUUGUGGGCGAGUAUGCGGACAAAAUCAGCAAUGCCGGUGAUAUCCUCGCUGGCUUCGUGGACGGGUUUAAAGAAGAGUUCACGCAGACCCAAUUACAAAUAUUAACAGCUGUGGUUAAGCUGUUCCUAAAACGGCCGGAUAAAGCUCAAGGCCUCGUCCAAAAGGUCCUUCAGGCAGCAACGGCUGAGAAUGACAAUCCAGAUAUUAGAGACCGGGCAUAUGUAUAUUGGCGACUCCUCUCGAAUACAACCGACCAAAAUGCUGCAAAGAAUAUAGUCCUAUCAGAGAAGCCUCCCAUUGUUACGACUAUCCAAUCUCUACCCCCCGCCCUGCUCGAGCAACUUCUUACAGAACUAUCAACACUCGCUUCUGUUUAUCACAAGCCGCCAGAACAAUUCGUUGGCGAAGGCAAAUAUGGCGCCGAUGCUGUCCAAAAAGCUGCCAUUGAGGAACAACUCCAAAACGCACGAGACAACCCAUUGGCCGCUGCGGCCGCUGCUGCCGCUGUUUCCGGAAAUGCUGCUCCAGUGCAACGAAGCAAUAUCGAGAGUCUGCUAGAUAUCGACUUCGACGGUACAGCACCUGCGUCUGCGCAUAAAGAGCCGCCAAGCGGCAUGUCUGGGCUGGAAGGACUAGCCGGAACACCUGUCCGGGUUCAGUCGCCGGUUUCUGGUGCUCCACCACCAUCCAGUAACAAUCUUGAAGAUUUGAUGGGCGUAUUUGGAAGCGGACCAAAUGGAGGUGACCUGUCCUCUAGUGAAGGCAUGGGAACACAGGAUGGCAGUGGUCUAAUGAAUGGCUUUGCGGGCUUAGAUCUUACGGGGUCAACAAGUAAUAGGCCUACGCCUCCUCCGGCGUCCGGGGCGACAAUAAGCAAGAGUAACCAGGAUAUCCUGGAUUUGUUCUAG